AUGGCUCAAGCACUCAGGGGCACCACAGGUAGCUAUACUCUGGGCAUGCCAUCAGGACACGGGUGGUCAGUGCACACACAGCGGGGCGGUUCGGAACAUGGGUGGUUGGUGCACACAUCGGGGACAGUUCAGAACAUGGGUGGUCGGUGCACACAACAGGAACAGUUCAGGACACGGGUGGUCAGUGCACACAGCAGGAACAGUUCAGGACACGGGUGGUCAGUGCACACAGCAGGAACAGUUCAGCACACGGGUGGUCAGUGCACAAAGCGGGGACAGUUCAGGACACGGGUGGUCAGUGCACACAACAGGAACAGUUUCAGGACACGGGUGGUCAGUGCGCACAACAGGAACAGUUCAGGACACUCACGGUAA